AUAUUUUUGUAUCUGAAAUGGCAACAAAUCCUUUGUUCUCUAAAUGGAUUAAAGAGUCUCUGGCAUUAUCAUCAAUGUGCACAUUAUUUUCAGCCAUUGAUAUACAAAUAUUAAGCACUUUAUCAUCGGAUUUAUUUGGCCUUAAAAUAUUUUCGAUUCCUUUGACUCAAAGAUCAAAAAAAAUAAUGCUUUGGGGUAGUAUCAUAAACAUCUUUAUUGAAGAUGUACCUCAAAUCAUUAUCCAAGGGCUAUAUUACAAUAGUGUGAUAACAUAUGAUCUUAUUCCAUCACUUGCGAUUGCAUCUGGUGGAUUAGUUAUAUUAAAUAAAUUAAUUUUAAGAUCAUAUCAUGCGUUGAUAAGAUGGAAUCAUCGACGCGAUAAAAUUGAAGAAUAUAAUAAAAAUCGACGUUUAUCCGCCGCUUCCAUAAGAUCCAUAAGGUCAAAUGUUGGGAAUUAAAACAGAGAAAA